AAAAAUAAAUAUUUUGAGGAAAAUAUUUGUAUAGAAAUUAAAUACAGUAUUUGUAUAGUAAUUGCGGUAUUAAAUAGUAAUUAAUAUUAAAUGCGAUUACAAUAGAUGUGAUAUAACUUCGGGUGUCGGCAGCGGCUAUUAUUCAUUAGUCUGACCAGAAAUUUUCUGGUCAACACUUAAACAAUUGUCUUAAGACACUAAUUAUAAGAUUAUUCGGCGUCGACGACGAUGUCAUCGCCGAAAAGCAGGGCUCGGGUCGAGUCGGACAUUGAACGGUGUCGUGAAGAGUCCAAUUGGCGCCGAUGUCUCGAUUUGGCCCAACAUAUGCAACACGAGUUGCCACAAAUGGUCCACUUUUUGAGCGGCGAAGCCAAAGUCGAACUGUAUUUGGAGGCCAACAGCAAACAUAUCACUAGUGGCGACUACGGCAGCGGCGCAAGUGGUACAUCAGCGGCAACGGCGGCCGCAGCCGAAGCUAAACUGUUGAACGAAGCCGUUGGCCAUCUGAAUGCUUGUCUGGACUCGUCGCAGACGUCGCCGCUGGCCAUGGACGCCAAUCUGUUGUUGGCCAAGUGUCACUAUGUCCGCGGCGACUACGAACUGGCUCUUCGACAUAUCGACAAGUCUGGUAUCGACAGUAUCAAUACCGUCGAUAAAGUCCUGCCGCUUCGGGUCGUCAAAUUGGUAGCCGAAUCGUAUGCUGUCAAAGGUAUGUCACUCGAACAGCGAAACAAAACCGACGACGUGACCACUAGGACGUCGUGUUUGGUUAAGGCAUCCGAGAUGGCCAUCCGAUAUCUGCAGAACGUAGAGAAACAGUUGGGACCGUAUAUUGUGGUACCGUUGGGAUCGAUACUAGAAACGGCUGUACAACGGGCACCGAUAGUCUAUAUUAAUACCGCUUCCGAUGUCAAGUCAGCUGUCAAUCAGUACAGGUCAACGUUGAACGCCUGCGAAACACCGUCAACGCUGACCACUCGCCAAAUUCUUGCCAAACAAUUGGCCGAACUCUUGAUACGCGGUGUCUCCCAAAGUACGUGGAGCUCAUGCGAUCUCAAUACCAGUUCAUCGUCAGUAAAACCGUUGAAACCUCUCCGAUAUAUCGGUCAGUCAUUGUUUGUGCCGAAAGUACGCGAAGAGGAGAUCCUAUUGUUGCUUCUGAUGAGCGAAUCGUUGGCCUCGCGUAACGUAGUACUCGACCGAAGUCCUGAAUUUACUGAUAGUCGGCAACAGUCGCUGAACGAUGUGAUGGCCAUCUAUGACCUGUUGACCAUUACGUUGACACCUUUGCGCUGCUAUUAUAUGGAUUUCUUUGAGCGAUCAAUGAAAUUCAGUUUCGAAGUCAAACAUAUAUGGUUUCAGUUUGCACUGACACUCAUCGAGUCGAAGAAGUGUCCUCAACGGGCACUGCUUCUACUGAAAGAAGUUUCUCGUAUCGACUCAGCGGAUCCAUUGCCACCGCUAAUCGGUGCCAAACUUUGUCUACAAGAGCUCAGCAAAUAUAAAGAAGGUCUUCAGUUGGCCAAAGAAGCCUUGAAUCGGUGUAAAGACAACGAGUCGUUGCGCAAUAAGAUUCAUAUAGUUAUCGGUGUAACCAAUGCGUUGAUCUAUGAAACAGAAAGCGAAACCUGCAAGAAGUUCUAUACGGAUAACUUAAACAAAUCGAUUGAACACUUGAAGAUUGCCUCCAAAUCACGAUUUGCCGAUCAUUUACCAUAUUUUCAUUUGGCUCUUCAUAUGGCAAACCAGCGGGCAUUGAACGAUGCGCUUAAAUACGUUAAGAUUGCACUACUACUCAAUGGCCAACAUUUGCCAUCAAUACAGCUAUUGAUUCUCUGUCUAUCGGCACUCAAACAAUACAGCGAAGCACUGGCACUGUGCGAGACGGCUCUCGAAGAAUAUCCCAAUCAUCUGAUUGUUUUGUAUUUCAAGGCACACUUGGAAGAAAUGGUCGGAGAAAAUGGUCGCGAAGAGGCAUUGUUGACGGCAAAAGAGAUGCUCAACUGUUGGAAGUUUGCCAACAAUGAAGAAGAAAAACGACUGAACUAUCAUUUCAAUUACUUUCCGAACGUCAACUACGAUACCAUAUCGAUGAAAAUGGAGCAAACAUUGAGCGAAGUGGCAUCGCUUGAUAGUACACCAAUUCCGCCGGCAAACGACGCCAUGUCGGGUACGGGUGUCUCACUGAGCGGACACAAUCAUCUAGGCGGCGGCGGCGGUGGCGGAGGAACUGGUGGUGCCAACAGUGCCAUCAAUAAGCCUCUGUGGUCGCUGCAAAUGCACAUCUGGCUGCUGAUUGUUGAACUGUUUCUCAAAUUGGGACACAUAUCGGAAGCCGAGUCGUGCGUCAAUGACGGUGCUCUCGGUAUAUUCGGCUCACUGUCCCAUCAGCUGAUGUAUCUGAAAGGUAUUAUUAGUAAAGCCAAAGGCAGUCUGAUUGAUGCCAAAACUUAUUUACAAAAUGCAAUAUCGAUUAAUCCGAAACACGUCCGAGCGUUGCAACAGUUGGGACACACAUACUAUUUGUUGGGCAAUCAUUUGGCAGCCGAUAAGUAUCUGAAAGAUUCUCUCAAUAUUGACGCCACUGUUCACCAGACCUGGCAAUACAUGGGUCUGGUAUUGCAAGCCAUCGAUGAUCAUCAACGGGCAGCCGAUUGUCAUCUAACAGGACUCCAGUUAGAGGCAACAGCACCGGUACUACCGUUUAAUGUCAUUCCACGUUCAGUAUUAGAGUAGACUAUAUAU